AGUAUCAUUAAAUGUGAAUCAGUCAGUACUGCAUCAACUUUUAAUCGAUAAAGAAGUCUUGACGUUGGAUUGUUAAUUAACAUAUACGAUCGAUCAUGGAUACUUCACAACUAGGUGCUCAACAAGAAAUAAAUACUUGGUUAAAAGAUAAAGCAUUGAAAAAAAUUGCUGAUAAUUUAAAUAUUCCUUGUCAAAAUUUCACUUAUAAACUAACUCUACCGGAAAACUGUCAUUUUCUAUCUAGUGUGUGGUUCUUGGACAUAAAAUACAGUGAAACUAAUAACGUAAGUGACAAGACUGAUGAAAAAAAUCAUACGUUUCAUUUAGUCAUAAAAAAGCCUGCUUUUAAUGACGCCUUGGCUGAUGUAAUGCACACUGAUGCACUUUUUCAUAACGAAAUACUUUUUUUCGAGACAAUAGCCGGAGGCAGUGAGGAUUUUCCGAGAUGUUUAUUGACAAUUGAAAAUAAAAAAGAUCAGAGUAACUCAAUAAUUGUGAUGGAGAAUAUUGGAUAUCGUGGUUAUGAAAUUUGCCCGAAGAGUUAUGAUAUUCCAUUCGAAUAUACGAUUUCUGCAAUGCAGGCAAUCGGUAGAUUCCACGGAAUGGGUUAUGUAAUGAAAACACGUAAGCCCAAGGAGUUCUUCGAUGUAGUUGAUAACAUUCAAGAAAGUCGAUACAUUCCAGGUGAUAAAUUCAACCAAUUUGUUAACCUUAUUGCAACAAGACCAGUUGAGUGGAUGCGAAAGCAUAAUUAUGAUCCACAUUUCAUUGAUAUUAUGGAGAAACAUUUGAGUGAUGCAUUCACAAAUGUUCAAGUUGAUGCUAUCAGACCAAUUGAACCACUAGCUGUGUUAUGUCAUGGAGAUUUCACGAGGAAUAAUGUCUUCUUCAGAAAAACUGAGACUGGCAUUAGCAGUAUGUUGAUUGACUUUGCUAUGUUGAGAUAUUCAUCACCUGCUAUAGACACAUCAACUUUUUUAUACUUGAACGUUUCUAGGACAGAUAGAAAUGAAAGGUUUAAUGAAAUAUUCACUGCUUAUCAUGAUGCUUUAAUUAAUUAUCUCCAAGAGCAUGGAAUCAAGGACUUGGAGAAAUAUUCUUACUCCAAACUUCUAGAUGAUUAUAAGCAGAGAGCAUUGUUUGGAUUUGUUAUAGCAGAAUUUUUUUUACCAAUUGUUCGAGGUAUGUCUGCUGUUACUCAAGAUGAUCUAGCUGAGUGGGAUAUUGAACUCUGGGCAAAUAAAACACGAACACUUGGUGGUGAUGCUUUUUCUCAAGAACUAGCUGAUAUACUUGAGGAUUUAUGGAAUCAGGGAUGUCUAGAUCAUAUUUUAAACAACUAAAGAAAUAGGUUGAAGACGGAUGAAUAAUAUUUUGAUCUGGUGAUCUGAUGAGAUUUGGAAACGAGAACAGGAGAAAGAAAGAUUUAUAAAAAUGUGUAUUCAUUACAUGAGGUGACAUUUUUUUUGACAUGAUAGUUUAGAAGAUAUUUAGACCAGUCAAAAGUAAGAAACGAAUUUAGUUGAUGUCAGUUUUGCAAAAAAAGUUGAUAGAUUAUAUAGAAAAGUUCAUGUCAUGUCGAUGAACAGUGACAGAAGGUCUAUGUCCAAUAGACCACGUAGAACAAGAGAAUGAAUAGUGAACGUGACAACGUAUAGUUGUUACCUAACGACCAGUGCACGGAAGUGUUGACGGAAAUUUAAAAACGUGAUGUUGCAUAAGAUCGAGAGAAAUGACAGUGAUGAUGUAAUACUUCAGAAGAUUUCUAACUGUUGUAAUGUUUUAAGUAGUUGACUUUGUCUUCAGUAAACAGAGUUAUGUAUUAAUACUAGUUUCAUUAGUUUGUCUUUACUAAUUACUCUUGUAAGAUACUUUAUAAACAGUCGCUUUCAUAUUCUAAGUCAAGUUUCUGUGGUGGUGUAAAGUUAACAGGAAUUAGACACAUACUUUGGAAUUAAAUUAUACCAACGAAAGAAAAAUCGUAGAACAAAAA